AACGUCAAAAAUUCCAGCCUUCUAAUGAAUACCACGUGAAACAGAGAGAGGAUUAAUAUAUACCACGAGAGGGGGGGGAAAACAUAAAGAAGAUUACCGGGAAACAAGAUCCAGGGAAUAGAGGUGAUAAAAGGUCUUUCAAAAGAACGUAUAAGCGAAGAAAAGGAGAGAAGAAGAAGAAGAGGAACCCCAGCAGGAGGGGGAGGACGUGCAAGCUCCUCCGUCACCCUUUCGAGCCUCUCCGCCGCCGGAGUCAAGAUUCCCUUUCUUCAGAUCAGAAAUUCUCCCUCCCCGAAGUCCUUAAUCUCUCGUUGAUACAGAAAUAUCCCUUCCCUUUAAUAAACAGUCGCCAUGGGAGGAGUGACGCAGCCGUCCUUCAUAUUUCCCCUGGUUACGGGCACUUUUACGGCUGUCACCUACGUGUUUUUCGUGGUGGUUUAUACCGUGCAGCCAAAGCCCUUCAUAGACGAGGCAUUCCACAUCCCUCAGGCGCAGAAGUACUGUCAGGGAAACUUUGAAGAGUGGGACCCGAAGAUCACAACACUACCAGGACUCUACCUGUUCUCUAUCGGCCUCAAUGGACCCGUGGCUAAGGUACUUGGAAGGGACCUGUGCGAUGUGUUCUCUCUGCGCAUCACCAAUCUUGUGGCCGCGGCGUUCUUACUCUCCACCAUUCACAAGCUUCUCGUGUACUUACAUGGAAACAAGGUUGAUAACUGGAAGCUCAUACUCAGUGCCGUAAAUCUGUCACUUCUGCCAGUGCUCUAUUGGUUCACUUUCCUGUACUAUACUGAUGUCCUCUCAACCUUAGUGGUGAUGGUGAUGAUUCUCCUCCAUUUGCACCAAGCUCCAACAAUGGCAGCAGCAAUGGGUGUUGUGGCUGUCAUGAUGCGGCAGACCAAUAUCAUUUGGGUUGGAUUCCUGUGCGUAUUGAUAGCAGCCGAUACAUUAGGUGCCAGGGUACUGAAGGGACCCAUAAACACAAUGUCUGAUGUUAAGUCUGUGCUGAGGAAAUUGAAAAAAAUAGCAACAAAACCAUACCGUCUAGCAGAGGUAUUGGCUGAUGUUGUUGUGGACAGCUUCUGUUACGUUUUGGUCCUGAUUGCCUUUUCGAUCUUUGUCUCCUACAAUGGCAGCAUAGUCCUAGGGGAUCGCUCAGCACAUGAGGCCACAGUGCACCUCCCACAGCUUGGUUACUUCUGCCUUUUCUUCCUUAUCUUUUCUCUGCCUUAUGCUCCCAGUCACAUGCAACCUUUCAUGAACCUCUGCAAGCGUCAUGUCUUCCUGGCACUUGCAUUGCUUGUGGUGGGAGUCAUGGCCGUGCACUCAAACACACUGGAGCACCCUUACUUACUGGCAGACAAUCGGCACUACACCUUCUACCUUUGGAAUAGGUUCUAUGGCAGGUAUUCCUUCUUCAGGUACAUCAUGGUGCCCAUAUACAUGUUUGGGGCAUAUAUGGUGUACUCAUCCAUCCAAGGCUGCAGUUUUGUCUUCAAGUUACUUUUCGUUGCAUGCCUGGCUGCUAUGGUGGUACCCCAGAAGCUGCUGGAAUUCAGAUACUUUAUCAUCCCUUUCCUAAUUGCACGCAUGCAGAAUGUUUCCAAGAACUGGCUUCAAUUGUGGACGGAAAUGCUGUACUUCCUCCUCAUUAAUGCCAUCACUCUGUACAUCUUUGUGAGCAAGACCUUCUUAUGGGAGGACAGUGCAGAGCUUCAGAGAAUUAUCUGGUGAGCAAAAGAACUGUGGUUUUGCAGACUCCAUGUCAAACUUUUUUGAAGUGGCCAAUUGUAUAGUGUUUUUAUAUGCAUUUAUUUUUUCCUCAUGGAACUAACAGAGUAUUUUCUGAAAAAGAAAGUAAAAUGAGCUACAACUAUUACAUGUAGUGUCUGUAUGUGUGUGUGU